AGUAGGUGCCAAGGAAUGAUGACAGUGAAAAUAAUAGGCCAAAGAGGAAGGCGAGCGGUUUCCAGCCUUUCUGAGCGCCUCUUUGAUUGCCUCUCAAGAGAGCAGCCUCGGUUCUCGGACUCCCUCUGAGCUCGGCAGGCGCAGGAGGGAGGAUUGCUCUGAAGCCGCUCAACUCCCUCCGGGAGACCUGCUCAGGGAGCCGCCGAAUGGCUCCUCCUGGUGAAAGGGCCUCUUUCCUCCGCAUCAGCCCCGGGAAGAAAUUUUUAUACUGUGAGCCACAUAAGAGAAUUAAGGAAGUGCUGGAAGAAGAACUUCAUAUGAAGAGAGAUGAAUGCCUCAUUAAAAAUCCACCUGCAGUGGCCCUGGAAGGGAUUUGGAGCAUUAAAAGGAAUCUCCCCGUGGGAGGCUUGAAGCCAGGACUGCCAAGCAGAAACAGUUUACUGCCACAAGCCAAGUACUAUUCGAGGCACGGAGGGCUGAGAAGAUACAAUCAAUAAAUUUUUCCAUUGAGAAGAAACGUCUUUCUCCUGAUGUCUGAAAACAGAGAAGAAAUCCAAGCUUGUCUCACAGUUUAAGAUGUGUUAAGAAAAAAAAAAAAAGUACAUUAGUCUGUAAUUCCUAUUAUUGGUAUUAAUUCCUAUCUAUAAAUUAAUCCAAAGUAAUGAAAGAUUAUUGGUAAAAUUUGCUAAGCACCUGAAAACAAUGAAGGAAAAUAUUAUAUUUUUGGUUAUCAGACUUGGAAUACAUUGGGCUUCUAAUUCAGUUUAUUUUGUUAAAUAUGUGAAACAUAAUAAAACAAAGACAUGUUGACUGAGUCUACUUCAAGGUAAAUAUUAUAAACUUUAACUCAGUAUAGUAUAAUUAUGCUCAUCCAUUAAAAAAAAGGAAUAAAUCCAAAUAUAGGUAAAGGUUCAUAAAUCAAUGACAUAGAUGAAAAGUCUCUGACUCAGAGACCAUCAUUUCAGUGCUAGCAUUGAUAAAGCUCAUCCCCUCUAGAAUUUGUCCACUAAAUAGUAAGGAGCCAGGAAAUGUAUAGAGAUCUAAAGAAGGAUUUUACUAAUGCUGCUGGGUUAAAAAGAAAGAAAAAACUCGACCUUUCUGUCCCCAUCAAUUGUCAAAAGUAAUAUAUGUGCAGUCUAGAGAAACUGGAAAAUAAAGAAAUUUAAAGGAAAA